GCAACCUAUCGCCAUCACCAUCGCCACCCGCAGCCGCAAAUGUCGGCGAUCUACCCUUCAUCACCAGCACCAUCGGUCGCUGCAGCAGGCCUGUCGGCCACAAAUGCUUCGCUCACCGACCCGUCAACCUGGGCUCCACCUGGCGAAUCUGCAUCUGAUCUCUGGGAAGAGCGUUCAAACUUUGUCGGCGUAGUCCUUUCCAGCGUCGCAUACGGCGUCCACCUCACCCUCUAUCUUUUCGUCCUACACCAUCUCAUAAAGCACCCUUCGCAGCGCGUCGGCACAGGUGCACGCGCUCGCGUUUCCUGGGGACUCGUCGCAUAUAUCACCUGGAACUUCAUACUCGGCACGUUCGGCAUCGCAGCCGAAGCACGCUUCAAUGAAUUCACCUACGUCGACUUUCGUAACUUCCCUGGUGGACCAAAUGCCUUUGUCAGCUCGCAAUAUGGCGACUUAAUCAAUAUGUUCGGGACGGCUGCAUACAUUGUUCUCAACUGGUCUGCGGAUGCGCUUGUGAUCUACCGUUUCUGGUUGAUCUACAACUUUAACUAUUGGAUCGCAUUGUUACCAUGCAUGCUCCUCCUCGGCUCAUUCACGAUGGGCGUGAUCCUCCUUUUCCAACUAACUCAACCCAAUGCGAAUCUAUGGACGAAAACAACUGUCAACUUUGGUAUACCCUACUGGUCCAUAUCUGCUUCACUCAACAUCCUCGUCACCUCCCUCAUCGUCGGGAAACUCUUCCUCAUUCGUCGACGUACACGUGCUGUACUCUCCACCCACCACUCACGGACAUACACCUCCGUAGCAGCCAUGCUCGUCGAAUCCGCCGCUCUCUACUCAAUCACCGCACUCAUCUUCAUCGUCACCUACGCCCGAAACAGUAACGUACAAAACCUCGUACUACCCGUUUUGGGACAAGUACAAGCUGUCAGUCCGUUAUUAAUCAUGUGGCGCGUUGCGAGAGGGCAAGCGAUUUCGAGAGAAGCGAUGUUGACUAGUGGAAGUGCGAUGACGCCUAGUAAGCUUUCGUGGAGGAGGAGUUAUACGAUUUCGACUGCUGGUGGAGGGAAUGGGAGUGCGACGAGUGGGUUAGGAAGUGCGGGGAUGUUGGAUUCAACUUUCAGUGCUCCUGAGAGUAGAGCGCCGUUACCACCUCGUGCGGCGAGUGUGUACCUCCCUCCGUUAUCGAAGUUUAAGCGAGGUUCGGGAGGGAAGGGGGAGAUGGACGAGGCGGAUUCGGAGAUGGAGGGUGAGUGGGAGCUUGGGGAGCGGACAAGUGAUAAUGGAGAUGAGAAGGUGAGGGAAAAGGAGAGGAAGGGAGAGAGGAAGGUAAGAGGUGUGGAAGUUGUUGUGGAACGACAGGUUGAGACGUGGGAGAGCCCACCGCACGCUCUCUGAACUCCGUUCUUUGCCUCUUCCCUUUUACUCAUCGUCCUGGUUUUCUUCACUACUGGUUCUGACAUCUCACUUUUUCCCGAGGCUCUCCUUACCUCUCACCCGGGUCUCCAUCCUUCUUUGUUUUCCUCAACUGCGCCGCAACGCGCAGUGAUUAUUCUUGAGAAGAAAACUUUGAAACGACCUGAAUCUGAACGAAAUGUACCUCGAAAAUCUACUCGUCAUCUUCUGUAUACCUCUUCUCCCUUCCCUUCCUUUGUUGCUUUCCUUGCAUUGUGUUGUUCAACUAUCUGUGCUCCUUGUAUUCCCCGUCAUCGUGUAAAUCCGUCUGUAUUCCUUGCCUUGUACGCUCCUUAGUCUUACUUCAUAUCUCUGUUUAUUGCAAUAAAUUUAAUACUUGACU